UUUUGCCUUUUCUUAAAAUCUUAAAUAUGUUUUCAGCCUGUACUUGUCUGAAGCUUACUCAUGUGAAGUGAUAUUUUUACCAUUUCUAGCGGCUCUGGUAAAGCUCUAUUAUUCUACAAGCACAGGUUUUCUAUAAGGCUUGGCUUGUCACUUGCUCGGUGAUGCUGUCCUGAUCCCUCCAUUAAGGUCAUAACACCCCCUUCACUCCCAGUCCCUCUUACUUGCUGUGUUUGUUUUCCCAUAGUACUUGCCACCUUGAAACUUACUACAUAUUUAUUGUUCUUUCUCUCCAGUUAGUAUAUCAGUGCAGUGAGGACAACGACUUCUGUCUCCUAUUCCCUGAAUAUCCCUGAUGCUGGGAACAGCCUGGCACACGGUAGCUGCUCUGUAAAUAUCUGCUUACUUAAUAGGUGGCCUUUGGAGCCCCCCACUACCAUCCAGGUCCUGAGAGGCAGUACAUUCCUGCCUUCGGCUGCCAUUCCCCAGAAUGGACCGUGGUGGCCUCCUGCCCUUCCAGCUGUGGUGUCCCCGGCCCUUUGGCACCUAUUCACAGAACCAGCCACGCCCACCUUCCGCGGCCCUCAAGCCUUCAGCCUGCCCUGAGCCAGGCAGUGGAGCUGAGCCAGACCAUGGGCCUGCUCGCUCAGAGAACACGCCGCCCGCCUUGGCCACUGAGGCCCCAGCCUCCCAGCCUGCCCCUCUCCUCUCAGCAGCAGCUGCUGGCGAUGAGGGUCGAGUCCUGCUGGACACAUGGUAUGUUAUCAAGCCUGGAAAUACAAAGGAGAAGGUGGCUUUUUUUGUGGCCCACCAGUGUGGUGGGGGUAGCCGGGCCAGCUCCAUGAAGGUCAAGGGGCACUGGGGCAGUGACAGCUCCAAGGCCAAGCGAAGGAGGCGCUGUCUGGAGCCUACCAAGGCUCCACCUGACCCAGGGGGCCGGGAGGGGGCCCCUGCUGCUGAGGGGGCCCCAGCCUCAGCCUGUGAGGACGUAGACCUGCUCUCCGUGGCCGAGAUGGUGGCUCUGGUGGAACAGCGGGCUGCCCUGGCCCUGCAGAACUACCCGCGCCCUGGCACCCCAGCCCCUGUGGUCUUUGUGUCAGCUGAGCAGGGUGGGCCUGCCAAGGGCCUGGGGUCUGAACGGCGGUCUGGUGGUGGGGACUGCAACCGUGUGGCAGAGGCAGUGGCCCACUUUGAGGCCCAGCGGGACAACCCUCCAGCCAAGGGCCUCCGCAAGGAGGAGAGGCCUGGGCCAGGCCCUGGGGAGGUACGUAUCGCCUUCCGUAUCUCCAAUGGCCGAGAGCCCCGGGCACCAGAUGGCAGUUUGCCCAAUGGGAGCGGGGGCCGGCCCGGUUGUGCCUACCCUGGCAGCCCAGGUCCUGGGACCCGAGCCAAGGACAAGAUCACCUGCGACCUAUACCAGCUCAUCAGCCCCUCUCGUGACGCCCUCCCCAGCAACGUGGAGUUCCUCCUGGCUAGGGCGGAUGAAGCCAGUGAGGGUGAGACCCCAGCCCCUGGCAGGCCCGAGGACACUCCCCCAGCUCCCCCUCCACCCCCUGCCCGGGACUGCGGAGCAUCAGGCUUCCACGUGGAUGUGGUGGUGACAGGCGUGGUGGACGAGUGCAUCUUCUUUGGCAAGGAUGGCACCAAGAACGUGAAGGAGGAGACAGUGUGCCUGACUGUCAGCCCUGAGGAGCCACCCCCACCUGGCCAGCUUUUCUUCCUCCAGUCCCGUGGGCCAGAUGGGCCCCCGGAGCCACCCCCAGCUGACUCACCAACCACUGCACCGGGCCCGGACGAUGCAGAGGGGACAGCGGACACCUCCCUAUGCCGCCUGUACCGGCACGUGUCGCAUGAUUUCCUGGAGAUCCGUUUUAAGAUCCAGCGGCUGCUGGAGCCAAGACAGUACAUGCUGCUGCUGCCCGAGCAUGUGCUGGUCAAGAUCUUUAGCUUCCUGCCCACACGGGCCCUGGCUGCCCUCAAGUGCACCUGCCACCACUUCAAGGGCAUCAUCGAGGCAUUUGGUGUGCGUGCCACAGACUCACGCUGGAGCCGAGACCCACUGUACCGGGAUGACCCUUGCAAGCAGUGCCGCAAGAGAUAUGAGAAGGGCGAUGUGUCGCUCUGCCGCUGGCACCCCAAGCCCUACCACCAUGACCUGCCUUAUGGACGUUCCUACUGGAUGUGCUGCCGCAGAGCCGAUCGUGAGACACCUGGCUGCCGCCUGGGUCUGCACGAUAACAACUGGGUGCUGCCCUGCAAUGGACUGGGUGGGGGUGGGGGCCGGACUGGCCGGGAGGAGGGUAGGUGAAGCCGGGGGAGGCGGGGGGAGAGCCCACCAUGCCCACCCCCGCCCCCUCUCCCUGGGAGUCAAGGGCCAGGACUGGGUCACCAGCUUAUACCCCCAGUCCAGGCCGCAUUGAUCCCCUUCCAGAACUGAGAUGGGGUUCGGGGGGGGUGACCCAAGAAAGCACUCUGAUUGACUUACCCCUAUUGGUUUUCUACUUUUCAGACCCAGGGCCAUGGACCCUCAAGUAGGGUGUUUUUUAUCAGCAUCUCAAUUUCUUCUCUAUUCAACCCCAAAACCUCCCUGCCACUCUCUACACCCUAGGGACCCACCAGCAGGGAGCAGACGGCAGCUAAUCUCGGUACUACUAAAGGGUUCCCCCAUUCCGGCCCCCUUCUGUGCCCUCCCCCCUUCUCCACCUCUGGAGCUGUAUCCUCCCAAAAGGCUGCAGCACCCAAGGUUGGUACCUCUCCUGACCUACCACACCAGGGCUCCCCUGUAGGAAUUGGGGGGGCAUCAGGUCAGAGAUUAAAUUUGGCACUUUUCAUGGCAGCCUGCCAUUUCUAGAUGCUUUCCCCAUUGAAACAGUAAAAAUCACUGUAUUUUUCCCCUUAACCUCAAGCUACCGGUCUCUCCGCUUCCCUUAAGGGGGAAGAGAAAAAAAAAUGUUCAAGUAGAAAAUUCCCCUCCUCCCAUUAUUUAAACUAUUACCAUCACUCUCCUCUCCCACAAAAAGCUGUGAAGCCCUUUGCCUCGCUCUUGACAGCGUGGGGGGCCAGUGGGCAGGGACUGUGGGUUGGAUUUUCUGGGUGGUUUUUCCUUCCACUGGGUACUUGUUCAGGCAUUGGGGUCUCUCUCCUUCCCCAGCUACAUGUGUUUCUUUAGAAUCCUUUGGUCAACUGGACCUUGAUUUUCAGGCAGUUUGGGGUAUUUUUGUUCUGUUUGGGGUUUCUUUUGUUUUUUUCAUCCUUGUGAUUCUGGAAGCUUCUAGCUUGUGGCAUCUGACCAAUUUUGAAUUGGUCCUUUCUAUAAAAUCAAUAUUUAUAAGGC